UAAAAUUUUCUGAAAUUUAUCAUAUUGCAAAAACUUCUUUUGUAAAUCAAUGGAAUAUUGAAUAUUUACAAAAUUCUAUUCAAUGCGCCUUCGACGUCGAAAAUGCCUUGUUUAUGAUAUCCGAUGAAGACGCUGAACUUUUGCAUAAAAAACUAGUUUCAAAAGCCAAAGCUGAACGUCGCGUUCUGCCUCCACCUUUAACCGAAUUUCAGUGCGCAUACCAUUUAUUUUAUAGAACUUUAUUAAGAAACAUUUAUUUGCCAAGUGAAUUGUCCUUUUAUGUUUUGAAUACUUAUGAAUUUCUGAACUAUGGUCUAUUUUCAAAACAAGAAAAUAUUGCUGAGGAUGUACAAAUGUUCGCCAAACCUUUAGCAAUGGCCGACGUCCUAGCUGGAAUUCAAAUGGCUUUAUUAGAAGGAUUAUCUCAAAUAAAAUCUCAUAAUAAGGAACAAGUUCCUGGUAUGAUCGCGCUGAAACAUGAAUAUUCUUAUAAACUUUUGCAUACAACUACUACAAGACGUGCUGCGGCUAGAUUACUCUUAAAAGAUUUUGAUAAAUUCUUUAAUGAUGGACAAAUUGAUUCCGAUGGUAUUGAUCAAAUUAAUAAUGUUUUACAUCAUUCAACUCAAUCAUCUGAUGGAAUGGAGAUCAUCUUCCAUGCAGCGAUAUUAUCAUUUCAACCAAAUGAAGUGGAUUUGCGAAUUUCUUCUGAAUUGAAUCAUAUUUUGCUGAAUUGGAUUACUUCAUUUGCUAACAUUGAUACGAGUCAACAAUUAUUAAGUUCAACAACUUCCUUAGAAUCUGGUGUUUGGCAGUUGCAUCCUUGGUUAUUAUCUCGACUCUCUUUUAUCCAUAAACCAUUUUUCGAGGCUUAUUCACGAAUGUUAAUUCAAUGCACACGACAAGAACAACAACAUAUGUAUGACAAUUUAUUGUCUCAUUCAAAAAGAUUUUAUGAUACGCAAUUGAAUGAUACUCAUCGAAGGCUUAAAAACUUACUUGGUCAUUGGGAGUUGUUACAUCAACAGUUUAGAGAUGGAAAAAAAACUGUUACUAACCUAUUACAGCAAGAAUGGAUUAUAUUCAAAGGAAAGUAUGAAAAAUUUGAUCAACGUAAAGAAAAAGAUUCUGAAUUUAAGAUCAUGUUUAUGCAA